AUGACGUUGGCUCUGCACUUGGAAAGCCCUUCUUGGCAGGUAUCUGACUGGGGUCUGCUGGAGAAUGUUUACUCGUCAUCUGCAGCGCUGGCCUCGUGCUCUUCCGAGACGAUCUUUACCUGGAGUCAGUUCUGGGACGCGACGUCCCUGUCACCCUGGAGCGACUUCCCACAGCCGUGUCCGCACGGAGAGGCACCGAGAGCGACCCAGGACCCCAGGACCCAGCCUCCCGCGGGCCACGCUGCAGACGACGGAUUUAAGCGCUGCGCAACAGCCUCGAGGGGCCCGAGCGCCUUUGGUCGGAAGGGCAAGCUGGGUGGCUCCGCGGACUGGGUGCCCGGCGUGCGGCCGGGCUCUCCCUGCUGCGGGGUGUGCGGGAGGGCGCUGGCGCACCUGGUGCAGGUGUACUGCCCGCUGGAGGGGUCCCCCUUCCACCGCGUCGCCAACGUCUUCGCCUGUGCCGAGAAGGGGUGCUGGGGAGCGCCCCGCAGCUGGAAGGUGCUGCGCUCCCAGUAUCUGCAAGCAGAAGGAAAGGAGACGGGCGAUGACAGCCUAAACCAGAAACAAGGAUCGAACUUUGCUGCAAAGGAUUGGUGUGAUGGAGCAGAUGACUGGGGAGUCUGUGAUGGAGCAGAAUCUCCUGCAUGUGCCUCCCUUCGGCUGCUUGGCUUAAAUGAAGCUGUGAGCAGCUCCUUGUCCAGAGAGGUGGAGUGUGCAUCCCAGUUCCAACAGCUUUGCUUGUCUGAAGCUACUGAUGGGUCAGAUUCCCUGAAUACACAUCCUCCAGUCAGUGGGGGAAUAGUAAUGGCAACAUCUAGUUCAGCUCCUGUGUUCCAGCCCUUUUACAUUAGUGUUGUGGAUGAGGAAGACUACACUGGUUUCCUUGAUACAGAUCAUGCAGAUAAGCUAUUGAAGGAGUAUCAGCAGAGGGAGGGUGUCGAUUUGGAACAGUUGAUGUCAGAAAGUUUUGCAGGAGAAGGUGGUAAUGAAAAAUAUGAGAAGAGUGAAGUCAAAAGCAGGGACCACACAUUCCAUAAAUUUAUGAAAAGAAUAUCAGUGUGUCAUGAACAGAUUCUAAGAUACUCUUGGGGUGGCCAGCCUUUAUUCAUAACGUGUCCUCCAGCCAACAUUGACAAAGGUAUUCCAGCCUGCAGUAACUGUGGAAGCAACAGAAUAUUUGAAUUUCAGCUCAUGCCAGCGCUGGUCAGCAUGCUCCAGAGUGAUUCAGAUCUGUCAGUGGAAUUUGGAACUGUUAUAGUUUACACAUGUGAGAGAAGCUGUUGGCCAGCAAAUCAUCAAACCCCUCUUGAAGAAUUUAUUUUUGUACAAGAAGACCCAGAUCAGAGAUUAUUUAAAUAAUAAAUUGUAUUUCUCCGCAUAGAUGGAAA